AUGACAUAUACACUCUUCAUUGGUAACAAACGUUACUCCUCUUGGUCAAUGCGACCUUGGGUUCUCCUCAAAGCCCUCGACAUUCCCUUCGAAGAGAAACUCAACUUAUUCAAACCCGGCCUCCGCCAACCCGACUUCCUCGCAUUUUCCCCAAGUGGAAAAGUUCCCUGUCUUCACGACUCUGAAACCUCAAUCGUUGUCUGGGACUCUCUCGCCAUCUGCGAGUACAUCGCCGAGAAGUAUCCUGCAGCUUGGCCAUCUGAUAUCUCCGCACGCGCCUUUGCACGAUGUGCCGCUGCGGAGAUGCACUCUGGCUUUGAUGCCAUUCGCGACGAGUGCUCUAUGAACGUUGGACUCAGGAUUGAGCUCGGUGAACCGAGUGAAAAGCUUCAAAGAGACAUUGAUCGAUUCGCUACGCUCUUCGAACAGGGAUUGGAAAAGUUCGGUGGACCGUGGUUGGCUGGUGACAAGUUUACCAUCGUGGAUGCCAUGUAUGCACCCAUUGCAUCCCGGUUCAAGACUUAUGGUAUUGAGUUGAAUGGUGCGGCCAAGGAGUAUGCCGAUAGGUUGUUUGAGUAUCCUGUUGUUCAGGAAUGGAUCCAGGGUGGUAUUAAGGAGACGAGCAGAGAGCCAUUUCAUGAAGAGGAUUGUUUGAGAGGACGCAAGAUGUUGAAAGACCUGACCAAGGAGUAG